UGUGAAAAAGAAAAUAUUUAGCGCCCCCACAAAAUAAAUAAAGAAUUUUACUACUAUUAUUAAUUUGCAUAACACAAAUAAAUAUCACAGUUUGGGUAAAGGCCACGUAUACCCUAACGGUUUACAGAGACUUUCCGCCUCAGUCAGAUACGUUGGACCAGGAGGACAGAAGAGAGGGAGCCAACUAAAGCCGGCGUCUUAACUCUAUAGAAGAGAAGGACGCGGGGGGGGCAAGACAAAUGUCGAAAAGUUCUGGACGAGAUCGUGAUCGAGAGCGUGGCGACAGGGAUCGAGAUAGGGACAGGGACAGAGAGCGCGAAAGAGUGCGGGAACGGGAAAGGGAGCGGAACAGUCGCAGUCGGGACUAUGAUUUAGGUAAAUCCUCAUUCCGCAAUGGUUCUGGCGGCGGCGGCGGUGGCAGCAGCAGCAGACGGGACGAACGCAAGCGUGGCAAGGAGAAGGAUUCGAGUCGUCCGCGUGAGGAGAAGAGACGUAAAGGUUCCCGUUCCAGGGAUUAUGACAAGGACAAGCGUUUGGACAAAGAACGGGACCGAGAGCGUGAUAGACAACGGGACAGAGAAAAGGAGAGGGAACGGGAAAAGGAUCGUGAAAGGGAGCGAGAUCGAGAGAGAGAUAGGGAACCGCGACAACGAGAUCGAGAGAUUACAUCCUCUGCUCCGGCUUCGUAUGUCAUACCCGUCCCAUCAUCUACAUCCUCAUCCAAUGAAGAAGAGGCCGAGGAAGAGAUCGAUAAGGAGGAGCAGCAACGUCGCCUGGAGCAGGAAAUGAUCAAGCGGCGCGAACGCAUCGAACGCUGGCGUGCGGAACGCAAGAAAGACACGGGCCAACAGGCACAGGCUGCAGCUCCCCCGGUCCAGGUAGCCAAAACAGCCAAAAAAUGGAGCCUUGAAGAUGAGGAAUCUGAGGAAGAUGACAGUAAUCCGGCUUCUGUGCAGGAUGGCAACAAAAAGGACGAUGGAGCCGAUGUUGGGCCCGAACCGGAUUCGCCUCCUUCCAAAUUCCAUAGCAUAAAGAAGCGUUUUGAUGACGAUGUGGUCGAAUCCAAGUUCUCCCCCAUGAAACGUCCUACCUUUGGUAAGGUGAAAUUGGGCAUGGCCAUGAGUCAAUUAGCAGCUGCUGGUAGCAAAUUCACCACCGAACCGGUUAAUCCAGUUGAGAUUGUGAUCAAAAAGGAGCCCCUAGAAGAGAAGCCGAAGAUUGAACAGCCGAAAGAGAUUGCUCCUCCCGCUGCUGCAGUUGCUCCUGUCGCUGCUGUUCCCCCCGCUGCUGCUCCUCUCGCUGCUCCUAUUAAAAUGGAAAUCGAAGAAGAAAAAAAGAAACCUGAAGCGGAACCCCUAAUCGAACCAGAACCAGAGCCUCAACCCGAACCAGAAGAUGACAUCGAUCCAUUGGAUGCUUAUAUGCAGGAGGUCAACAACGAGAUGCGCCGUGUAAAUAAUUUCGUUCAACCAGCCUCCUCCACCACUGGGGGUCAGGGUGUGAUGAUUCUCACAGGUGUGGCCAAAAAGAAGACGCAACAGGCCAAGGCCAAGGGGGAAUUGAUCGAACAGAAUAUGGACUCAUUGGAAUACUCCAGUGAGGAUGAGCUGGAGGACAUACGUGACACGGCCGUCAAUUUGGCCAUGAAGCAUCGCAAGGAGUUGGCCAAAAUUGAUCACUCGUCGGUGAGUUAUGCCCCAUUCCGUAAGAAUUUCUAUGUCGAAGUACCCGAACUGAGCCGCAUGAACUCCAGCGAAGUGGACAAAUAUCGCAGCGAUUUGGAGGGUAUACAGGUUAAGGGCAAAGGUUGCCCCAAGCCGAUUAAGACUUGGGCUCAAUGUGGCGUUAGCAAGAAGGAAAUGGACGUGCUCCGUAAAUUGGGUUUCGAGAAACCGACACCGAUCCAAUGUCAGGCCAUACCGGCCAUUAUGUCUGGCCGGGAUCUGAUAGGUAUUGCUAAAACUGGCAGUGGCAAGACGUUGGCAUUCAUUUUACCAAUGUUUAGGCACAUCCUGGAUCAGCCGCAACUGGAGGAUGGCGAUGGUGCCAUAGCCAUCAUUAUGGCACCCACCCGUGAGCUUUGCAUGCAGAUUGGCAAGGAUAUACGACGGUUUAGUAAAUCCCUGGGCCUUUGUCCGGUCUGUGUUUAUGGCGGGACUGGCAUCUCGGAGCAGAUAGCCGAACUGAAACGCGGAGCUGAGAUAAUUGUGUGCACACCGGGGCGGAUGAUCGAUAUGCUGGCAGCCAAUUCGGGCAGAGUUACCAAUCUCCGGCGGGUGACUUACAUUGUUCUGGACGAGGCGGAUCGCAUGUUCGAUAUGGGUUUCGAGCCACAGGUAAUGCGUAUCAUUGAUAAUGUGCGUCCCGAUCGUCAGACGGUCAUGUUUAGUGCCACCUUUCCCCGGCAAAUGGAGGCUCUGGCUCGUCGGAUACUCAAGAAACCCAUAGAGGUAAUUGUCGGCGGCAGGUCGGUGGUCUGCAAGGAUGUCGAACAGCAUGCGGUCAUUCUCAACGAUGAUGCGAAGUUCUUUAAAUUGCUGGAACUUUUGGGCAUCUAUCAGGAGGCGGGCAGCAUAAUAGUCUUUGUCGAUAAACAGGAGAAUGCCGAUAUCCUGCUGCGAGAUCUCAUGAAGGCUUCGUAUCCAUGCAUGAGUCUGCAUGGUGGCAUCGAUCAGUUCGAUAGGGACUCCACCAUUAUUGACUUUAAAUCGGGCAAGGUGAGAUUAUUAAUAGCCACCUCGGUGGCAGCGCGUGGUCUUGAUGUUAAGGAUCUCAUUUUGGUAGUCAAUUAUGAUGUGCCCAAUCACUAUGAAGACUAUGUGCACAGAUGCGGACGCACAGGAAGAGCUGGCAAAAAAGGCAGCGCCUAUACGUUCAUCACCCCAGAACAGUCUCGGUAUGCCGGGGACAUUGUACGGGCAUUGGAUCUGUCGGGAACUCCAGUGCCUGCCGAGUUGACCACGCUCUGGAACGACUAUAAAUCUGCCCAAGAGGCGGAGGGUAAGACAGUUCACACGGGCGGCGGUUUCAGUGGCAAAGGAUUCAAGUUCGAUGAGCAGGAAUUCAAUGCCGUCAAGGAGAGCAAGAAACUGCAAAAGGCCGCUCUGGGACUUGCCGAUUCCGAUGAUGAGGAGGAUAUCGAGCAGGAUAUUGAUCAGCAAAUCGAACAGAUAUUUGCAGCCAAGCGUACAGUAAAGGACACAUCGGCAGCAGCAGCAGCUGCAGCCGUUGUUGCCGGAGCGGCGAAUGCCACUGCAGUUGGUGGUCCUGCAACACCGGCCCAGAUCAUGGUUCCCACCCUGCCUCCCCUGAUGGGUGUGCAAGCGCCGGGUCAGCAGGCAGGCGUGGCCGGUCUGCCCCUGGGCCUUGGUUCCGACAAACUGGAGCUGGCUAAACGUUUGGCCUCCAAGAUAAAUAGUAGCAAGAAUUUGGAUACCAAUAAAUUGGCAACCAGCCAAAUGACCCAAGCCGCCGAGGCUUUCAUGAAGGGCCAUCAACAUGGCCCCGUUCCAACACAAUCCCAGCCCAUACUCACGGCUCGCACGGUGGCCGAGCAGAUGGCCGCCAAAUUGAAUAACAAACUUAACUAUCAGCCCAAGGAGGAUGAGGACGGCAAUGGUGCCAUCGGUGGGCUAAGUGGCCUGGGCAGUGGUGGCGGACAAAUGGGCGGGGCGAAUAGUGGCAGCGGAUCGGCUACCGCCAAUUCGUUUACCAAGUACGAAGAAGAACUCGAGAUCAAUGACUUUCCACAACAGGCACGCUGGAAGGUCACCUCCAAGGAGGCAUUGGCCCAAAUAUCCGAGUACUCGGAGGCUGGCCUCACAGUGCGUGGCACCUACGUGCCGCAAGGCAAGAAUCCGCCCGAUGGCGAGCGGAAACUUUAUCUGGCUAUCGAAAGUUGCAGCGAGCUGGCCGUACAGAAGGCCAAGCGAGAAAUAACCCGUCUGAUCAAAGAGGAACUGCUCAAGCUCAGUUCGGCCCAUCAUGUCAAUAAGGGACGUUAUAAGGUCGUCUAGACUAAUCUAAAUAGAGAACAACAUAAUAAAAAGAACAUCAGCCAAUACAAUAAUUUAAUAUAUUAGGUAUAUAAGUUAUAUCCGAACUCUAUAUAAAUUGUUGCGUAAAACUA